UUUUUCUUCUUCUUCUUCUUCUUCUUCUGAGGGUUCCUGGCCUUGUACUUCCUCUUGGACUAUCUCACUUCUUGAAACACUCUAAAGAGGGGUGCUUAUCUUGAUGGAGCUCGAAAGUUCUCUGGGGCCCAGGGGACAGCAGAAGCCCUGACUCUGUUUGCCUGGAGAAGUAAGAGCGGCAGCACCCUGGGAUUCGGUGGUAUAGGCUGCAUCCUCCAGGUUAUUGGGAAGGCAGGGAUAAGUGGCUGAGGUUGAUGGUCCCGGAACGGGCCCUUUCUGAGAAGAGUCUCUAAGAGGGCAUCACGCCAGAAGGAAUGAGCAAGUUGUGAAUUCUCUGGACUGUUGUGACUUUCUAACUUCUGGGCAGAUGUCUGACAAGAGCUAGGUCCACUGGCCCAUACACAUCCUGUGAAGAACCACAGAAGUUUCCACCUGAAGCUUUUCUGAGACAGCAUGAAAACUGACAAUACCACGGAGACUGACUGGUGGUUGCAGAUCACCUACAUCACCAUGGAGGCUGCCAUUGGGCUCUGUGCUGUAGUGGGCAACAUGCUGGUCAUCUGGGUGGUCAAGCUGAACCCCACUCUGAGGACCACCACGUUCUAUUUCAUCGUCUCCCUAGCACUGGCUGACAUUGCUGUUGGGGUGCUGGUCAUACCUCUGGCUAUUGCUGUCAGCCUGGGAGUCGAGAUGCACUUCUAUGCCUGCCUUUUCAUGUCCUGUGUGCUUCUGAUCUUCACCCACGCCUCCAUCAUGUCCUUGCUGGCCAUUGCCGUAGACCGAUACCUGCGGGUCAAGCUGACGGUCAGAUAUAGAACGGUUACCACUCAAAGAAGAAUAUGGUCAUUCCUGGGCCUUUGCUGGCUAGUUUCCUUUCUGGUGGGACUGACCCCCAUGUUUGGCUGGAAUAGAAGAGUGACCUUAGAGGGCUCUCCAAAUAGCACCACUCUUUUGUGCCGCUUCCGUUCCGUGGUCGGUUUGGAUUACAUGGUCUUCUUCAGCUUUGUCACCUGGAUCCUCAUCCCCCUGGUUGUCAUGUGUGUCAUCUAUCUGGACAUCUUCUACAUCAUCCGACACAAACUCAGUCAAAACCUGUCUGGCUUCAGAGAGACACGUGCAUUUUAUGGACGGGAGUUCAAGACAGCUAAGUCCCUGUUUCUGGUUCUCUUCUUGUUUGCACUGUGCUGGCUGCCUUUGUCCAUCAUCAAUUUUGUUUCCUACUUUAAUGUAGAGAUACCAAAGGUUGCAAUGUGCCUGGGCAUUCUGUUGUCCCAUGCGAACUCCAUGAUGAACCCAAUUGUCUAUGCCUGCAAAAUCAAAAAGUUCAAAGAGACCUACUUUCUGAUCCUCAGAGCUUGCAGGCUCUGUCAGACCUCAGAUUCUUUGGACUCAAACAUUGAACAGGACUACUGAGUAAUUACCAUGACAGAUAAAGAGCCAGCUCAUCUACUUCCCAUUUGGCAUCAGUAAACACUAUAAGGACUUAUCAGUCUUGCUUCCUUUACUGCAUUGGGAUCUGCCUGCCUCUGCCUCCUAAGUACUGGGAUCAAGGCAGCACCACAGCUGGAGGUCUCUAGCCACAGAGCUCCACUCCUCCCCCCUCUCCCCUCCUCCCUCCUCCUGCUUCAAUUAUUUUCUUGAGCUUCUCUAAUUCGAUUCUGUGGAAGCCUGACAAUGCAUUCCUGAUUAUCACAGACUCUGUUCUUCCUUCCCAGACACAAGAAGUAAUGGAAUAUUGAGGGGGUCUCGUCUUAUCAAAGGAAGACUCUAGUGGGGCUGGACGUAAAGAACCUGCUUUGAAAAGCUCCCUGGGAUGUUGGGAACAGAAGGAGUGAAUUGAAUUUAAAGAGGGCUAAGUCCACCUGUGUGGGUUCAUUUGAGCAAAUAAAAGAUGAUGCCCAA